AUGGAUGGCCUCCCUGUUGUUGUCCCUUUGCUCCCUCUGCUCUCUGUGGUCCCUUUGCUCUCUGUGGUCCCUUUGCUCUCUGUGGUCCCUUUGCUCUCUGUGGUCCCUCUGCUCCCUGUGGUCCCUCUGCUCUCUGUGGUCCCUCUGCUCCCUGUGGUCCCUCUGCUCUCUGUGGUCCCUUUGCUCUCUGUGGUCCCUUUGCUCUCUGUGGUCCCUCUGCUCUCUGUGGUCCCUUUGCUCUCUGUGGUCCCUUUGCUCUCUGUGGUCCCUUUGCUCUCUGUGGUCCCUCUGCUCCCUGUGGUCCCUCUGCUCCCUGUGGUCCCUUUGCUCUCUGUGGUCCCUCUGCUCUCUGUGGUCCCUCUGCUCUCUGUGGUCCCUUUGCUCUCUGUGGUCCCUCUGCUCUCUGUGGUCCCUCUGCUCUCUGUGGUCCCUCUGCUCUCUGUGGUCCCUUUGCUCUCUGUGGUCCCUCUGCUCCCUGUGGUCCCUCUGCUCUCUGUGGUCCCUUUGCUCUCUGUGGUCCCUCUGCUCUCUGUGGUCCCUCUGCUCCCUGCUGUCCCUUUGCUCUCUGUGGUCCCUCUGCUCUCUGUGGUCCCUCUGCUCUCUGUGGUCCCUCUGCUCUCUGUGGUCCCUUUGCUCUCUGUGGUCCCUCUGCUCCCUGUGGUCCCUCUGCUCUCUGUGGUCCCUUUGCUCUCUGUGGUCCCUCUGCUCUCUGUGGUCCCUCUGCUCCCUGCUGUCCCUUUGCUCUCUGUGGUCCCUCUGCUCUCUGUGGUCCCUCUGCUCUCUGUGGUCCCUCUGCUCCCUGUGGUCCCUCUGCUCUCUGUGGUCCCUUUGCUCUCUGUGGUCCCUCUGCUCUCUGUGGUCCCUCUGCUCCCUGCUGUCCCUUUGCUCUCUGUGGUCCCUCUGCUCUCUGUGGUCCCUCUGCUCCCUGUGGUCCCUCUGCUCUCUGUGGUCCCUUUGCUCUCUGUGGUCCCUCUGCUCUCUGUGGUCCCUCUGCUCCCUGCUGUCCCUUUGCUCUCUGUGGUCCCUCUGCUCUCUGUGGUCCCUCUGCUCUCUGUGGUCCCUCUGCUCUCUGUGGUCCCUUUGCUCUCUGUGGUCCCUCUGCUCUCUGUGGUCCCUCUGCUCUCUGUGGUCCCUCUGCUCUCUGUGGUCCCUCUGCUCCCUGUGGUCCCUCUGCUCUCUGUGGUCCCUUUGCUCUCUGUGGUCCCUCUGCUCUCUGUGGUCCCUCUGCUCCCUGCUGUCCCUUUGCUCUCUGUGGUCCCUCUGCUCUCUGUGGUCCCUCUGCUCCCUGCUGUCCCUUUGCUCUCUGUGGUCCCUCUGCUCUCUGUGGUCCCUCUGCUCCCUGUGGUCCCUCUGCUCUCUGUGGUCCCUUUGCUCUCUGUGGUCCCUCUGCUCUCUGUGGUCCCUCUGCUCCCUGCUGUCCCUUUGCUCUCUGUGGUCCCUCUGCUCUCUGUGGUCCCUCUGCUCUCUGUGGUCCCUCUGCUCUCUGUGGUCCCUUUGCUCUCUGUGGUCCCUCUGCUCUCUGUGGUCCCUUUGCUCUCUGUGGUCCCUCUGCUCCCUGUGGUCCCUGUGGUUCCUGUGGUUCAUGACAAUGUUUUAAGCCUGACUCUGGGCCGGAGUCUGGGCCGGAGUCUGGGCCGGAGUCUGGGCCGGGGUCUGGGCCGGAGUCUGGGCCGGAGUCUGGGCCGGGGUCUGGGCCGGAGUCUGGGCCGGAGUCUGGGCCGGAGUCUGGGCCGGAGUCUGGGCCGGAGUCUGGGCCGGAGUCUGGGCCGGAGUCUGGGCCGGAGUCUGGGCCGGAGUCUGGGCCGGAGUCUGGGCCGGAGUCUGGGCCGGAGUCUGGGCCGGAGUCUGGGCCGGAGUCUGGGCCGGAGUCUGGGCCGGAGUCUGGGCCGGAGUCUGGGCCGGAGUCUGGGCCGGAGUCUGGGCCGGAGUCUGGGCCGGAGUCUGGGCCGGAGUCUGGGCCGGAGUCUGGGCCGGAGUCUGGGCCGGAGUCUGGGCCGGAGUCUGGGCCGGAGUCUGGGCCGGAGUCUGGGCCGAGGGUCUGACGUUCUCCGCCUCAUUUUGGGUUAA